AUGCCUUUCCGACGGACACCAAGAUCCAGAAAUCGCAGUGACUGGUUCCCUUCCCGAGAACGAAGGCCGAAUCACGGCUUGUACGGGCACCUAGCCGGGGGUGGCGGGGGCAGGCUGCGUAUCUGGGUCUUCCAAGCGCUUCCACCUCACCAAAGAAAAAGACCGCCCUUUUUGAGACGUUUCCCCCUCCUCCUCUCUUCCGGCGCGCUGUCGGGCUUGCAGCCUAUCGUUGUCUGA